AUGCCGAAACCAGCAAAUUUUGCGAGGCUCCCCUUCAAUUGGUACAAGCCUCCACUCCCAGUCGAGCAACGGAAACAGGUCUACCUGCCAGAAUUUACAAUCACCCUAAUCCGCACUCCCUUCCUCCCCCCGCGAUAUGCCUCCUUCUGGGUUCCCCUCUCCUUCAAUAAGCUAGACUUGAAAGAUUACUUGAAAAGGGUAUACAACGUCGAUGUGAUCAAAGUGCGAAGCUAUGUCGAGCAGCAAAAGGUCACGCGAGAAAGGCCAAUGGGAAAAGAAGGCUAUGGCCCGCUAAGAAGACCAAUGUCAAAGAAGAAGAUGACCGUGGAACUCACGGAGCCAUUUGUGUGGCCGGAGGAACCAACGGAUUAUUCGCCGUGGGAGCGAGAUACCUACUUCGAUGCCAAAAAGUCGCAGGACGAUUUCCAAGAAGCCCACGGCCAUGAUGCCGCCAUGAAAGCUCCAGAGCGCGAGAGAGAAUUGCUGGCUGAGCAGGCAACACGCCUAAAAGCGGGAAAAGAGGCAUGGCAGCCAACGUGGCAGACUUUGGGAUUGAAUUUCGAGAGACCGUUGCUGAAACCGCAUUCAACGAAAUCCUCCCAAUCAUCGUCUCCACCGCAGAAAUGA